AUGAUGGCAAAUGUAUUAACGUUAAAUUUUUCAAUAAUUUGUAUGACUGAAGAAAUUUAUAGAAACAAUGAACAUAUUAUCGAGAAACCACCGUGUAACUCAGACAUUUUUCAUAUAAAAUUUUUAAUUUGCUUUUCAAUAUUUUUCUUUUAA